AUGCAGAGCCUACAGUACAUUCAAAGUUCACUCUUGACAGCCUCCGCUCGCUGUCUUGAGACUCUCAGUCUGGUGUCUGCACAUAGUUUGGCCCUCGCUAGAGGUAUUGGAGGGUGCUUUCUUGGUAUCUUGGUUCUUUGGCUAUUAGUCGUCUGCAAACACAAAGCGAAUGUCGCAUCUGAUAGGAUCUCCGAAUCAGACUCCCUCCUACAAGACGAUCAAACACGAAAUGAUCUUCAGAGGAACCAUACUCCCGACGCACCGCUCUGUUCCAUCUGCGCACAACUAGAUUUCUAUCAGAUUCUCCUCGACGACCUUCCAAGAGAUAAAGCGAUUCCACUCGGCUCAGUCUCAUCCAUCUUGAAAAAAUCCGACCAAUGCGGAUUCUGCCGCCUCAUAUCCUCAGUUUUUCCUCACCUCGAUCUCUCCGGGAUUGAAUGUGAACUGUUCUCAUUAGAUUGUGGCUGUCUUCGGGAGCCUACGCCCGAACCCAAAAAACUUUGCCACCGCCUUAGCAUUAAUGCACCGGAUCGCCCUCGGGAGAUAUAUCCAGCCAUCAUGGCAGCGCGGACUUCGCUGGUGUUAGAAAUACAGCUCAUGGAAGAAGACGCAUUCAAGUUUGGAAGACCGACCGAUCUUCAUGGCCGCAGAGUGAACGAUACUGUGGAUGUCGGUCUGGUGAAGAAGUGGCUCGGACUGUGCGAGGAAGGGCAUGGAGAUAUAUGUGAAAGUGUCUGGUGGAUGGGCGACAACAGGAGCCUGCCGGGAUUUAUGAGAAUAGUGGAUGUGGUGUCGAUGGCCAUUGUUCCUGCACCUCCUGCCUGUCGUUAUGUUGCCCUCAGCUACAUAUGGGGAGGCAUUGGCGCAGAAUAUUGGAUGGCGAAGGAUAAUUUCGCAGAGCGCUCCACGCCUGGCGGGUUGAACAUGACAAACUUCCCCGAUACCAUCAUAGAUUCGAUUCAACUCGUUCGACAACUUGGCGAACGAUACCUAUGGAUUGACACUCUAUGUAUCAUUCAAGAUGAUAUAGAAGACAAGACCAUUCAGAUACACGCUAUGGAUUCGAUUUACGGCGGACCACCGCAGCAGCACAUCGAGGUCGUUCAAGGACUUCAUCUCUGUGCUCUCAAUCUAUCUGCAUGGAGCACGCGUGGUUGGACUUAUCAAGAGCUUAUGCUCUCCCGCCGAAGAAUAUACUUCACUGGGCAACAAGUCUACUUUGAGUGCAGACGUGAUAUCUUCUGCGAAGACGUUGUCGCUGAAAGCAAGUUCCUCUCAUUGUCUAUCCAACCCUUGCGGUAUAAAGGUGCAGGAAACUUCACUUGCCUUCGAAAACCUACGCAUACCCCACCGGGUCAGUCCCCGUAUACACGGCACAUUGUCGAUGCUAUCACUGCGGUGACGAAUGCCUUGGCAAAAGGCUUUGAGCUUGGUGGGGGUGACCCCGCCAAAUCCUUUCAAUUUGGAAUGACGUUGACAGACCUUGAGCAUGCGCUUGUCUGGCAACAUGAUCCACACACUCCUCGCGCUCGUCGUUCGAUCCCUGGCGAAGGCAAGUCAGCCUGGCCUUCUUGGGCAUGGGCUACAUGGCGUGGCGCUGUUCGCUACGUGGGGGAAACACUCUAUGCCUGGCUCGAUAGUCAUUCUGACCAACCGAGAGUGACGGAAACGAUUAUCUAUCCCUGGUAUAUCGUGGACCAUAGUGGUGAUACAGUGCAGCUUGAUGUUCGCUGCAUUCACCGGGUCUUUGUACAUCCUAGGUCACAGGCAGCGAUGAACCCAUAUUCUUCACCGAAAGGGAUCUUAGAUUCAUCACAGCUAACGCUAGACAUUCAUCGACAACUGGAGCCAGGUACCCUCAUUUUCCGCACGACCUCCAGCCACUUUAGCGUUGUACGGCGAGAUGACGGUAGAGAAGACCAAAAAUUAAGUGCACCUUUCUACCAUGGUCUCUUCAAUAUCCUCUCCAGCUCUUCCACUUGGGUUGGCAGUGUCAUACUGCCAUUAGACCCUGUUCUACCGGCUUCUCUUGAGUUCGUCGUCCUUUCCCGUGCCAGUGCGGGCCCUGGCGUGUGCGACGAAGAAAGUCUUGGAGGGUUCUACUCUGGAUGUAUGUUAUAUGCGAUGGCGGUCAGUGAGAAUGAGGGUUUGAUGGAGCGUGUUGGGUUGGGUAUCAUUCAUGAAUCCGCCUGGAUUGCUUCGAGUGCGCAGGAGAAAGUGGUGUUUCUUCGGUGA